AUGAUCGCGAAUGCGGUCUGGAAGCGGUUCAACCAAGAGCAGGCUGCACAGCAUUCCAGGCGGGCGGAGGAGCAGGGCUGGACGACCUCGAUCUACUCUUUCUGGAACGCAGAGACGGCGUGCGGCCUUCGCCAUGGCAGCCCGACGAGAUUCGGCGACAUGUUCGACUGGCCAGCGCUUUCUGAGUGGCUGCGCUCCGCGCGCGGGAUUCGUGGGACGACAACCUGGCGAGAGUUCCAGGCUCGGACGGGCCAGGCACUGGACGCCGUCGCGAUGCUCUCGGGCCACCCGGGGGACCCCCUCGGCGAGAAGCUCCCUUGCGCGGAUGCCGACGGCCCGACGGUGAUGCGCUUCUUCGACGCGGACUUCGCUGUCGCGCGCCGGGUGUGCGUGCAGAGCACCUCCCGGCAGCACGAGGGGGGCUUCAACCUGCGGUUCCUCGACAUGCCCCGCCUCGCCGACGCGGUGCGGGGCGCCGUGGCUCGUGCCCGCCGAGAGGGGCGGCGCUGGGCCGCCGUGGGCCUCUACCUCUACUGGGUCGAGGGCGCCGAGCGGGCCCGGCUGCACCCCGCCCGCUACGGCAAGCUCAGCACCCACAGUCUGCACAUGUCGAUCUUCCGCGGGCUCUUCGCCCCCGCGAUAGAGCGCCGGGCGGCGGUGGUGAUGUCGCGCCUGGGCCUGCGGGGGCAGCCCUUCUUGGCGGUGCACUGGCGCCGCGGCGACUGGUUCCUGGGGCCGCACCCGCGCAAGCUGGAGAGCAGGCCGCUCUGGCGGAGCCGCCCGCGUUCGCGAGGGUGGUCCGGCGGCACCUGCGGGAGCAGAGCCUCAGGCGCGUCUUCCUGA